AUGCUUCACGCUAAGGGUGAUUUGCAGUAAACCUGUACAAAUACGGAGAUGUCCUGAGCAGAGGAUGUAAACCAGUGAAGCCAAAAGGCUGGAAUUAGAAAGAAAACUGAUGGAAUACAAGAAGUCUGAUGCAUACCUAAUGAAACUAAAAUACAUGAAGCUGAAAAAAUACCUGAAAGAAAUAGAUGAACGACAAAAAGGAGCUCUACUGCGAAACCAGGCCUUUCUAAAGCAAUUCGACCAAUUUGAAGCUCAUAUGAAAACUUCAAGUUCAGAGAUGAUUCAGAAGAUGGAAUGGUAUGGAAGAGAAAUUAAAAGCGUGUUAUCAUGUCAAGAAGGUAACUUGUCAGCAGAAGGUGACGUGGAAGAAUACAACGAGCAGAUGCCGUGGGUUGGACGACAGGCAGGAAUCAGCACCAAGACAGCCAUGCCAAGAGGACUGUAUCAUCCAGCAACAGUAUUUAUGGGCUGCCACACAUCAGCCGUCUCAGCUGCAGGAGGUUUGGGCACAUGGCAGAAACCCCCACAGCCCACAGAGAGCCACUCAGCGCCUGACCCGCCUUCAUGCUCUCCAUCACUUGAAGGACUCGGUCCAGAGAGCAGAAGCUCUGAUUUAGAGAGUGAUGCAUCAGUGGAGGGAGCAGCGAAACACAGGGACCUGGCUGCCAGUGAAGAAGACUCUGAGCAACUCUUUUCCUCAACAUCUGAUCCCAAACCAGCUACCCCUGAGGAGGAACAGCCGCAGGGAAGCAUCCCAGGACCAAAGCCUUGCCUGAGUAACUGGUGGACUUGUAAGGAGGCAAGCUGGAAGAGCAGCAUUGAGCUCCCAGGCCCUGCAAGUGCUGAGGAGGUGAUGCCGAGCACUCCCAGUGUGCCACAGGGAACGUCCUCGCCACCGGCCAGCUGGGAGCGGGGCAUGGAUGCCAGUGCUGUGGAGGGCUCUCCGCUGCAACCACCAAACCCUCCCGCAGCACAGGAGGAGCCCUUGGUCAGCUCAGCACCAGACAGGCACUUCGGGAUGCUGGCGGGACUCUCCCGUGCACUGCAGCUGAUAGAAGAUGUGGUGGUGAGGACGAGCCCCCAGCACCGGGCGCUGUACCAGGGCAAGUGCGUGGGGACGAUGGGGACAGCGGAGCUGCUCAGCUUUUGUAAUUGGGCCAGCAGUCUGAAAGAAGACGACCUUGAAGCAUGCGAAGCAGUCGUCCUUCAUCAGCUUCAGGCUUUAUUACAGAGCAUGCUGAAUGGAUGCUUCCUACCUGAGAAGACACUCAACGCUGAAGGUAGAGCGGUGGAUGAAAAGCAAACCAGCCCAGACCAGCAGUGGGACGUGGACAUGCUGCGGACUUGCUUGAGCAACCAUGCCUUGUUCUUGAAAAAGCACCAGGUUCAGCUCACGGAAGAAGUGGCAGAGAUGUUUGAAAGAUUGCUGGUUUCCAGCAAGAAGGCGCAGGACAGCCAGGCUCUACCGGUGUUGAGAGAGGCCCUUCCAGAAGAGUGUGGGGAUAGGUCAUCUAUUCAGAGUAAUGAAUCAUCUUACAGCUUGCCAUCGAUCCCAAACGACGGCAGGGAAAUAAAGCAGGCGAAACACACUCCCCGGCUCGCUGGCACAGGAGGACAAGUGUGUUCACAUCCAGAAGUCACAAGCUGGUGUGAAGAUGAGAGCAAGGAAGAAAGCAUGGUUGAAAAGAUUGCUAUUACAGGUCGGGAUACUGGCGAUAAUAGUUCCAAAGCAAAAGCAGGCCAAGAAAUGCAUUCAGAAACUAGUUCUUCACCAAAUGAAAGAAGUCCUCCCUUCUCAAGGACUGAAACCAGGAAGGGAAUGGUAGCUGCUAUAAAAUCCAAAGCUUUCUGGGGCGAAUCUGAAGACAGCAGCUCCGAGAUUGAGGCUGCUUUGCGCCCACAAACUCACAGCACAGAAGCAGACGAAUUUGAUGACUUCUAUGAUUAA